CCGCUCCAUUACAAGUCACCAGUCGAGAAGAUGGGAUCUUUGGUACACGUCUUGCCGGCCCUCGUGGCCGCGAUAUCUUGCUUCACGGCCCAGGCCAUCGACAUUCCUGACCUGCGAUACCUGAAAGCCUACACCGACUAUGACCCCGACGGCCCCUACCACGAGUUCCUGGACUACUCCCCCGACCUCAGCGUCCAGGGCUUGGAUGGCUAUAUUAAACGCGUCUGCGUAACUGGACAGUGGUUAAUGUACUACGAGCGCUACUACAGCGUAUUGAGAAGUAUUUAUAACGGGAUCAACCAAUGCUUCAACACGUCUUCCAGUUACCCUGUAUCUUCUCUGCGGUACGCGGGCAGCCCCUACGGUCUGGACGACGUCUACUACAACCUCUACGAGGGGGAGGAAUGGACGGGCAAUGAAUUCAAAGGCAACACAAACGCCCCGACCGUCGCCAACUUGGACAUGAAUGUGUCCUCCUUGUCCAUCAGUGGACAAUCACCGUGGACUUUCUUCACAGGCCUGCAGUACGCUGGAGUGGCCGUGUGCGUGUACCCGGACUACACCAUAAAUGACGACGGCAUUUAUUUGCAUCACAACAGAAUUUCAAAAAUUGGGCUUACCCAAGACUUGGGCUUACCGGACAAUUCGAUCAGAUCGGUGGCCAAGGGCUGCCUCACCGACAACGUCUACAGGGGCGGCUGUCCCCACCAGAGGGAGCUCGGAAACCAGGACGGACAUUAGGACAUCCGACAGGUGCUGCAUGAGGUCGAAGACUUCAGACAUCCGACAAACGCUGCAUGAAGUAGAAGACUUCCUGCCUUGAUAAAUAAAUGAAUAUAUGAUUCCAAACUACA